AAAACAUUAUAUCAAUCACCUCACCUCCAUUUGAAUAUUACUCCUCGCUUCUUACUCCUCUUACAAUACACAUAUUUGUUUUGUUCUCUCUCUAAAACUCUCUUUCUAUAAUGGCUUUCGAAGCUUUCUCGUUGGAGCUCAUGUCAAUGGCGUUUGGGUUCUGUUUCUUCACCUUCACAAUCUUAUUUUCUCUGUUUUCUUUAUCAAUCCUUGUAUUAAGGAUGAAGCCUUGGUGCAACUGCGACGUUUGUCAAACUUAUCUUACUUCCAGUUGGACCAAAGAUUUCGACAAUCUUUGUGACUGGUACACUCAUCUUCUCCGCAACUCUCCUUCUGGAACCAUCCACGUUCACGUUCUUAAAAACACAAUCACCGCAAACCCAGAUAACGUCGAGCACAUUCUCAAGACUAAGUUCGAUAACUAUCCGAAAGGGAAGCAGUUCUCUACGAUCUUGGGUGAUCUGCUUGGCAAAGGUAUUUUCAACGUUGACGGUCAAACUUGGAGGUUCCAAAGAAAGCUGGCGAGUGCUGAACUUGGUAGUGUUUCGAUACGGUUGUUUGCAUUUGAGCUUGUUAAAGCUGAAACUAAUUCGAGGUUAAUUCCUCUAUUGUCUUCGAUUGCAAAAGAUCAAGAAAGAGUUUUGGAUUUACAAGAUGUUUUUAGAAGAUUCUCAUUCGACAACAUAUGUAAAUUCUCUUUCGGGUUAGAUCCUGGUUGUCUGAAUUUAUCGUUACCGAUUUCAGACUUUUCUGUCGCAUUUGAUGAGGCAACGAAAUUGUCUGCACAAAGAGCACUUGCAUCCUCACCGUUGAUUUGGAAGAUCAAGAGAUUGUUCAAUAUAGGAUCGGAAAAGAAGCUCAGAGAAGCCAUUGAUAUGGUCAACGAGCUUGCUGAGGAGAUGAUAAGUCAACGGCGCAAGACUGGUUUCGCUAACCACAAAGAUCUUCUAUCACGAUUCAUGGGGUCCGUAGAUGAUGACAAGUAUCUUCGAGACAUUGUGGUUAGCUUUCUAUUGGCGGGUCGAGACACGGUUGCUUCCGGGUUAACUAGCUUAAUGUGGUUGAUAUCGCAAAACCCAAAAGUAGAGGAUGCGAUCCGGGCAGAGUCAGACCGAGUCAUGGGAACUAGUCAAGAUCUUGUAAGCUUUGAACAGAUGCGGGACAUGCAUUAUUUAAAUGCUGCUGUAUAUGAGAGCUUAAGAUUAUUCCCCCCUGUGCAAUUUGACUCAAAAUUCUCCCUAGAAGAUGACGUAUUACCUGACGGCACCUCUGUCAAAGGUGGCACUAGGGUUACAUACCACCCAUAUGCCAUGGGUCGGAUCGAAUCGGUUUGGGGGUCGGAUUGUGUUGAAUUCAAGCCGGAGAGGUGGUUGACUAAUGGUGUUUUUGUACCCGAAAACCCAUUCAAGUAUACCGUGUUCCAAGCAGGACCUAGGAUUUGUAUGGGGAAGGAUUUGGCAUUGGCGGAGAUGAAAUGUGUAGCACUUGCAGUUAUCCGGAAGUUCAAUAUUCGGGCAGUAGAUCCAGAUUACGUGCCCCGUUUUUCUCCGGGUCUUACAGCCUCUUUAAGAGGUGGUUUGCCUGUUGUGAUUAAAGAAAGGGAAGUUGUAUGUUUGUGAGUUUUUUUUGGUUAAUUGUGUAGUGGUUGAAUACUGCACAUAUAAUAUACGAGUUAAAAAUUGAAUUUUUUUUUAAAUGAAUGCAUUAAAGUUUAAAGAAAUGGAAUAUGACUAUGUAAUUGUUGUGGGA